CGGCGGAAAAUCAGCUGUUCCAAACAAUAACAAAAAUAAGAGAAGGAAACUGCAUGACGUGAGAGGAGUCAGGCGCAGAGAAGGACAGUCAGGCAAGCAGUCAGGCAGGAAGGUCACCCUAAAAAGGCAUUGGAUGGACGCUUAGGAUCACGUGAAAUUUUCAAUACCCGUCAUCAUGGCACAAAGGUCACAGGUUAUCCAGCUGUAUAAAAAUCUUCUCUACCUUGGCCGUGAGUACCCCAUGGGGUAUGAGUACUUCCGUGAGAAGCUCAAGAGAGCUUUCAUGAAGAACCGAGAGGUCACCGACCCUGAGCAGAUCAAGGUCCUUCUUGGUCGUGGAGAAUUUGUCAUCAAGGAGAUCGAGGCAUUGUACAUGCUCAGGAAGUAUAGAACCAUGAAAAAGAGGUACUAUGAGGACUAAGAAUGAGAAGAAAUGCAAAGAAGGAAAGUCUCAAAGAGUGAGGUUGCUGUUGAUAGAGGAGAUAGAGAAAAAUAAUCAGGAAGACAUUCUGAGGAGAGCCUUCUUAUUUCUUGUCAUAAUAGAUAGUUAUGAUAAAGACUUAAGAAGUAGAGGAAAUAAAGAGAAUGUGUGCUCUAAGGAUUGAAGAAGGUGAUAGAUGCUAUAAGGAAAAGGAAGAAAGAAAAAAGACAUUGUUAAACAGAAUAAAGAAAAAGACAGAGAUGGAAAGACUUAAGACCAACAUAAAAGAUAGCAAAGGCUUCUAUGGAAAAGUGAAAAAAGAGAUUAAGGAAGAAAUUAUUAAAAGCAACCUUUUUUCUUAGCAUAAUAGCGUUGUUUUUUAGUAGGGAUGUAGCUUAUAGUAGACUAAGAAUUGUUCACUCAUGUUUCCCCACAAUGUGUGCUUUCUGUAUACCACUGAGAAAAUGUUUUCAUACUUGUAAUACGAUUUUAGAAAUAAAAUAUCUUCAUUGGCUGUGAAUUGGCAUGUUCUCGGGUGUGGAGUUAAAACAAUGAUAUACCCUUUAUACAUACCAGUAACAUAAUAUAACAUGAUGUACCCCUUCCUACUUAUACCAUUAUCAGUAUCAACAUAUACCUAAAUGUAGCUGCUAAUAUCUAAGAUAUUUUUGUGGAGCAUCAUCAUAUUCAUUUUUCAGGCUUGUUUUAACAGUAUUAACUUUUUAAUCAUAAUCAUAUAUAUGUACUUACAAUAUCUACUGAAGUACUUCAGUUUACCAAUGUUAAAUAAUAUAUUUUUUUCUGUUACCUCCAUCAAAUACCUCAUUACUUUAAUCUAUCAUUUUCUAUUUAAAGGUUUUAAAUGUCACGUAUGUUAAAUGCAUUCAGAAAGCUCAGUGUAUGUAUUGUUCAGUACAGUGUAUAUUUAAUUCUAUGUAAAAGAAAAGAUAAUGGGAUAUUUUGCUAUUUCUAUAUUUUAGUGGUAUAUAAAGCAUAUAAAAAAGAA